AAGCUACCAACAGAAUCGGAAGCUAUAGAUCGGUCAAAAACGCAAUUUCAAAGCUUGGAAGAACCGUCUGAAGACGAUGACGGGGAAGAAGAGGAGGAAGAAAACGCACCACAGGAGGAAGAUGACAAUGACAUGGAAGAAGAGGAGGAGUACACUUUUAGGUUCGAAAACGGGAUGAAUCCUUUGGACUUUGUCGAUAACGUUGACGAUUCUGGCCUUCAACCCUACCAGCGAUUCGAGCGUCUUGAACAGGAAGCUCUCGCCGAUGAAAAGCCGAAAGCAACUAAACGAUGA